AUGAACGACUAUCUCGGCCAGAUCGUCCACUUUGCAGACAAGUUGGGAGAUGCCUUCUUGCCUCAGUUCGAUAACAAGACAGCUAUAUACGUCUCUGCUGCUGCCAUCUUUUGCCAUGUAAUGUUUUACGAUAUGAUGGCCCUGAUCGAGUACAAUACGCACAUCAUGACUCGGUUGCUCGGCAAAAACGCAGUGUAUUAUUACAGUGCCCUAAUAUUCACAAACUCGCUAAUUCGAGACUAUUAUGCUUUGAAAUCUAUGGAGGUCGAUGCUGGAUCGUUUGAUGUACUGGAUCCUACCAUUGCUCUAUACGUUGGAACCACACUGGUCACUGUAGGCUUAUUGCUCAACCUUGAAGUCCUGAGGCUGCUCGGAAUUCGAGGAAUGUACAAUGGUGACAGUUUCGGUUUCUUAUUCGACCAACCCUUCGUCGAUGGCGUUUUCCGCAUCCCUGAUCCACAAUACACUGGUGCUGCUAUGGCCUUCUUUGGUUAUGCCAUCAAGACUCGUUCGCUUGUUGGUCUAGGUUUGGCAAUGGUAGCUAGUUUAACAUACAUAGUCUCUGUGACAUUUAUAGAAGGUCCCCAUCUCGUCAGAAUAUACAGCGAGAGAAAGACCAAAUCAUCAAAGAAACAUUCUAACGGCUCUUCCAAUGGAAAUGGAAUUCACCACAAUGGAAACGGCCACUCGAAUGGACUUCACAAGGAAGAGUAA